AUGCACAACUCUACUACGAUAAUGGAAUUUCUUCUGAUGGGGUUUUCAGAUGUUUGGGAACUACGGAUCAUACAUGCCUUGUCCUUCUUUCUCAUGUAUUUGGUCACUGUAAUAGGGAAUGUUCUUAUUGUUACAGUCACCACCUUUGACAGGAGUCUUCACACUCCCAUGUAUUUCUUCCUCAGGAAUCUGUCCAUCUUAGAUGCAUGCUACAUCUCUGUAACAGUUCCUAACUCAUGCAUCAAUUCCAUGCUUGACAACAGCACCAUUUCAAAGGUUGGGUGUAUAGCUCAGGUUUUCCUUGUGGUUUUCUUUGUAUAUGUGGAGCUUCUGUUUCUCACGAUCAUGGCCCGUGACCGUUAUGUGGCCAUCUGUCAGCCUCUCCAUUACACUAUGAUCAUGAGCCCUCGGAUAUGCAGCCAAAUGACACUGGCUUCCAUACUCAGUGGUCUCAUCUAUGCAAGUAUGCACACUAGUAACACAUUCCGGUUACCCUUCUGCCAGUCCAAUGUCAUUCAUCAGUUUUUCUGUGACAUCCCCUCUCUGUUGAAGCUUUCCUGCUCUGACAUAUUUAGCAAUGAGAUGGUGAUUAUUGCUUCUAGCCUGGGGAUUGGCGGUGGCUGUUUUAUCUUCAUCAUCAGGUCUUACAUUCACAUAUUUUCUACUGUGCUCAAGUUUCCAAGUGGAGCAGAUAGAACAAAGGCCUUUUCGACCUGUGUCCCUCACAUCCUUGUGGUGUCUGUCUUCCUCAGCUCAGGCUUCUAUGUAUACCUGAGACCAUCUGCAAUCACUGCCACAGUCCAGGACAUGGUUCUCUCAGUUUUCUAUUCCAUAAUCCCCCCACUUUUCAACCCUAUUAUCUACAGUCUUAGAAAUGAACAAAUAAAACGUGUCAUCAAGAGAAUGAUGGGAAGAAUGUUUUACUCAAGAAAUGUAUAA